AUGAAGCAAAAAUUUCUAAAAUACUCUAAAAGAGCAUUUACAGAAGUACUGAGAGAAAAUCUGCUAAUAAAUCGUCUAAAAGAAUCAAAUUUCGAUUUGGCAUUUUCACAUAUGUACGAUUUUUGUCCAAUAGGCUUGAUAUAUGCCGCAAAAAUUCCAACAUGGAUUUGGUUGAAUAGUGGGCAGAUAAUGGACAUAACUGCCCAAUAUAUGGGUGUUCCAAGUCCUCCAAGCUAUGUUCCACCAAUACUGGCUGAUUUUUCUGAUCGUAUGGAUUUCAGCGAACGUCUCAAAAGUUUCAUGGGACAUAUAUUAAUUCCUUUGUUUCAAGAAAGAUUAUUAAUCAAACCUGAGACGGAAUUUUUUCGAAAAUAUAUUGACAAAAAUUUCCCUGAUUUGACUGAUAUCGCAAUGUCUUGUCCACUUGCAAUGGUUAACUCGAACGAACUUUAUAACUUGCCGCGUCCAACUCUUCAUAAAAUAAUUUACAUCGGUGGAUUGGGUAUGAAAAUUGAGAGCGUGAAACCAUUGCCACAGAAAUUUGAAGAAAUCGCUAAACGAGGAAAAACUUUGGCAAUAAUGACUUUUGGAUCAUUCGUUAAUACAACUGCAAUGCCCAAAAAUUGGAAAAAUGCCUUCUUAAAUUCUUUCAAAAAAUUCAAAGAAAUAGAAUUCAUCGUUAAAUACGCAGGAAACGAUCUCAAUGAGCAAAUAUCAAGUAAUGUUCAUUUAGAAAAGUGGAUUCCACAAAGAGAUUUAUUGCAGAACGAAAAAACACGAAUUUUCAUAACUCAUGGCGGUUAUAAUAGUGUUCAAGAAGCGAUACAUUCAUCAACUCCAAUGAUUGUUAUACCAUUAUUUGCUGACCAGUUUCUAAAUGCUCGAUUGGCUGAGCAUCAUGGAAUUGCAUAUAAAAUAAAUAAAGGUAGAGUAUCAGAAGAGGCAGUCACCUCUGCUAUUAAAACAGUCACUGAGGAUAGAAGUUACGUAGAAAAAGCGAAAAGAUUGAAAAAAAUGGUGACAAGGAAACCAUUCAAAGGGGAAGAAUUACUAAUUAAAUGGACCGAAUUCUUAGCUGAAUUUAAAAGUUUGGACAAUCUCGUACCGUAUGGAACAAAAUUAAAUUUUAUACAAUAUUUUUCGAUUGACGUUAUAAGCGUUAUUGGAUUAACGAUAAUAAUAAUUUUAUUUAUUAUUUAUAAAUUAAUUAUGGUAGUAUUGGCGUUAUUAAAAGAGAAAUUUCUUAUGAAGAAGGAAAAAAUUCAUUGA